GUGGGAUGUUCGCAUUUACUGUCAUGGUGAUGAGGAGCGUCUUGUUCAUGCCGUACUGUUUGGCCGUCGCGGCGGCGACAUUGCGGAUCGACGGAUGGUUCAACUGCAGCGCCAACACGUUUCCAUCGUGGAACGCACGGCACAACACAAUGCAAGUGGCGGUCGAAUGUGCUUUGGUUGAGCUUCCGUUAUGCCAUGCGACCACCGCCGCCUCAUGCCGCAGCGACCGCGUUAUCCAAGUGUUCGUGAAGAGAUUGCUGGGGAAUGGCGUCAAUGUAGACAAGGACGUGUGGGUGUUGCAAGGCGGACCGGGGGCGUCCUCUGUGGCCAUGGAGUACAUGAUGUUGGACCUGUUCACGACCACGAACGGCACGGCCAACAUUUAUACAAUGGACCAUCGAGGCACUGGUCGCAGCCAUCCGUUGGAAUGUGUGGCCGCGCAAGCGUCCACACCGGGCAGUGUCAACGGAGAAGCCAUCGCCAUCGACGAGUUGCCUGCUUGCAUCCGCGACGUUUUGUUUCAGAUUGACGGUCAACCCACAGCCUUUUCAGUCACGAGCGCAGCCACCGACCUCUACGUGCUCAGCGAUGAACUGCGGCCAAAUGGUAGCCACCAAGUGUUUGUCUACGGGGCCAGCUAUGGAACCUACUUGGUGGAACGCGUGAUGCAGCUCGGACCGUCUCAUAUUCGAGGGUAUGUCUUGGAUGGCGUUGUGGCGCAGGUAAACCACAGCUUUGCGCAGUUUGACAACGACAUCAAUGCAGCUGGCGCCCGAUUCCUCGAUCGUUGUGCCAAGAAUGCGUUCUGCAACUCCAAGUUUCCGGAUGUUGUGACUGGGAAUUUGCCCUUGAGCAAUCUUAUCAUGCGCAUUUACACUCGACUGGACGCUAGGCAGCCCGGCGGGGUCGCUGAAUCCUUCUGUUACCCCCUGGCCAACUGGACAGACACGCCGCCGUCGCAUACCCUUCGACGAUUCCUCACCACUUUGCUCAUGAAUGUCAACCUCCGAGGCAUGAUCCCCGCGAUUGUGUAUCGCCUCCACCGGUGUACGCGUCAAGACGACCACGUGUUGGCCUUCUUGCAGCGUAAAAUUGCCAAUCCCAGCCAAGGAAGAAAGGGCUUUACUCAGUUGGUCCUUCCAACCCUCCGAUCACCAACUGUUCAGGGUGACGCCUUGGUAGAGAUGAACGCGAUGCUGUACACCUUGAUCGUGUUCUCCGAAGAGUGGACGUACCCGACGCCGUCGGUCGCGGACCUUCAGCUAUCGUUUGAGUCCCAGCCGUUCGGUCUUGGCGUGUUUGACCUCGUUCCUGCGUAUUGCGUGGCCACCAACUUCCGCGACGAGGCCUGCCGCAGCCUUAGCCCGCUUUCCAAGGCGACACCCGCCCCCUACGUGUAUGCCCGAGAUUCGUUCUUCAACCGUUCGUCGACAAUCCCUCUACACGCGUCCGUGCUCUUUCUAAGCGGUACGUUGGACCCACAGACGGAAUUGCACCAUGGCCGCGCAGAAUUCGCCGCGUUGAGAGGGACCCAAAAGCGCUGGGUUGAGUUUCCCGAUGCCCCUCAUUGCACUGCGUUUCAAACGCCCAUGCUGUCGGGUGACAUUCAUUGCGGGGUGUACGUGGUGUCGUCGUACGUGAUGGGCCGUGGUCGCUUGGACACGAUCAACACGACGUGCAUGAAGAAACGCGUGCCCUUGUCCUUUGACGUUUCGCCAAAGGUGGCUUUGGCUUACUUUGGCACCACCGAUGCAUUCGACGGGGUUCUUCAUGUCGACACUGCAGCUAUCGUCGACGUGUCGGUGGCUUUGAAGGCGUCGGGUCCAACGGCGGCAACAGAUUCGAGGACACAUGACGACGCUCCAGCUGACAAAGAUGGCACUUUUGGCAGCCUGAUACCGCUAGGGAUAAUGCUGCUCGCAGUUGGCGGUGUCGUUGUGGUGAAACGACAGAGAUCUUUAGCCGAGGCCGUGACGGCGAUUGAUGUGUUGGCGCCAUGUUCAGAACUCUCGGGAUUAUAAUAUUCGGAUAAAAAAGUAACUGCCCGAUAAAUUAUCCGUA